AGCGCUUACUUAUUCGUGCGUACUUUACAACGGAGUCAUUCUAACCCCCCGGUCACAGGAGCAUUUUCCUAACUACGUUUCACGCUUUUAUCAAUUUAGGAGUCGCAGUGAGAAGACGCCGUCUUUAAUUUCACGGUGAAAAAUGACCUCGAUUCGGUUAAAUCUGCCAACGUUAUUGAAUCGUCUCUUAAUCUGCGUCACCUUGCUGUUGAAUAACCGCUGCUGUGUCGUUGCCGAGUGCUAUCACAGACCCAACGUUGUUUUGAUCCUCACCGAUGACCUGGACGUCGUUAUUGGGGGCAUGACCCCACUGAGCAAGACCAAGAAACUGAUUGGUGAAGCAGGGAUCACCUUUACCAACGCUUUUGUAGCCAGCCCGCUGUGCCCCAGCAGAGCCAGCAUCCUAACAGGAAACAGCACGGCCUGGCAGAAGACCCAGGAGCCCAAGACCUUCCCUGCUCUACUGCAGGCCUACGCUGGUUACCAGACCUUCUUCGCUGGGAAGUACCUCAACCAG